CAACCGGCUAACCACCAACUUCUGAACGGCUGUUUCCGACUACUGUCGCCUACAACUUCAGAAUGCAAAACGGGCUGUGUAUAGAUGGCGGAGAGCAAUGACUGAAGAGUUUGAUGAAGAUGUGGUAUUUGAGAACUCCCCUCUUUUCCAGUACCUGCAUGAUCUAGGGCACACAGACUUUGAGGCAUGUCCAACAGCAUCACAGGAGGAGGAAUAUGGCGGACAAGAGGGAGACCUCACCUCUCCCGACGAAGAUCCACAGAAACCUUCAGGAGGACGCUUAUGGAGACUGGCUGAAGCCUUGUGGAGAUGGAGUCCGAUUCACCAGGCGGCUGCGUCUCGUAAGCUGGGCCAGCAGCUGGACUGUGUGUUCGGUCAGUACUCGGUGAGGUGCAUUCUGGACCAGGACGUGCUGCUGCAGGAGGACGUGGAGCUGAUCGAGCUGUUAGACCCGAGUCUGCUCACCCUCGGAUCGUCACCCUCUGGCUCAUCCAGCAGAGCGAGCAUCCUGCCCAGACCGAGCCUCAUAGCCAGGCCCUCCCUGUGGGAUAUGGCGGGCCUGGUCGGCCUGGCCGCGGUGCUGCUGGGUCUCUGCUCCGCAUCAGAGGGCCUGUGGUCGCUGGCUGCAGCCCCAUGGGGCCUGGCGCUGCUGGGCUGGGCGGGGCUGAGGGGGGUCAUGCUGUGGAGACAGGGUCGCAUGCAGAGAGCCGUCCACACGCGAGCCACGCAUCUCCAGACGCUGGUCCACAACAGCAAGACUCUGACCGGACUGUCUCGCAAGGCCCUGCGCCUGGUGCAGGAGACGGAGGUCAUCUCCAGAGGGUUCACCCUUUUGCUCGACAGGGUGAGUGCGGCCAGCUCCUUUAGCAGGGCGGGGCCGGGGGUGAUGCCACGAGGCCAGCAGCUGAUUGGACUGAGGAAGGCCCUGUACCGGGCGCUCCGCUCGGCCUUCAGAGCCUCACGUCGAGCCACCUGUCACAUGCUCAAGGCGUUUCCUCUGAACUCUGAGAUUGAUAAUGUGACCAACUACGUGUCUGCGGUGCCUCUGAAGGAGCUGGGGCUCGGCCUGGGUAUUGAGCACCUGGGUGACGAGCAGGCUCAGGAGCUGACAGAUGACUACAGCCUUCCUGCCCUGAAGAUGCUGUUCCAGCUGUGGGUGGGACAAAGCUCUGAAUGUUUCCGUCGACUGGCUCUUCUCCUGUCGCCGCAAAGAAUAGAGGAGCAAGAAGAGGGCGGACCCAAAGGAGGCACCUCUCCUCCUCCUCCCCCCCUGCUGCACCAGUCCAUCGCCGCAGUGACUGAGCCCCUCCAUCACGCUCUGGCCAGCUGCCUCGGCGAAGUGCAGCGAAGCUACGACUUCCACCGACACUUUGAGACCCAGCUGAGGACCACGGGCUGUGACAGGACAGGGAGAGCCAGGGAGAAAUGCCGAGAGCUCAACACCCUGCACACCUCCAUCCGAAGCCUCCAGCUGCACCUCAAGGCCCUGCUCAGCGAGAUGAUCAUCCUGGAGGACGACCUGGAAAAACUGAUGGUGUCCAAGGAAUCGACGGAACUGACGUUCGAGGGCUACCAGGACCUCAGUGACCGGCUGCACCACCUGCAGCCUCACAUGCAGGCCAGCACCGGCUGCUGGGAGGACACCAUCAGCCAGGUGGAACGCAUGCUGAGACGGGCCAACGCCUGUCCAGGUAAUGCUGAGGGUCUGGAACAGUGCGGUCCACCUGUACCAGAGAUUCCCGCUCCUCCUCCAUCCUACCCGUUGAUCCUGGACAGGGACCCUGUGCCAGAGGAGCUGGAGUGGGAGGCCUACGUGUCCGACUCAGACUCUGACGGUGAAGGCAGAGGGUCCUGGUCUGACAUGUUGUCACCGGAGGAACGGGAGCGGCAGCGGCGGGAGAGGGAGGAGUCCCGUCGUGUCCUGUCAGAGCUCAAAGCUGUCCUGGGCUUCCGUGCGUCAGAGGGGGAGAGGAUGAAGAGGAAGCAGCUGCUCUUCAAUGACCAAGCUGCUGUGACGCCUUCAGAUCGCGGCGAGAGCUCAGAUCCUGCCACAAAGCCGUCAGACGCGCCGGCUUCCCUGCGAUCAGUAGAAACUGGGGAUGAAGAAGGAAACCACCUUUCAGAGUGCCCCGCAGGAAACGAAGGGGAGGAAGAGGAAGGAAGAGAUGGCAGGGUGAGGCCUGACCCCUCAGCCGAGCCGGUGACAGAGUUCAGCUGCGGUUUGGAGGCGAAGGAAGGGGAGCUGGGAGGAACUUCGGUCUGUUCAAGAGGAGGAGGAGGAGCGUCCGAGCUGCACCAAUACGACGGUGUCCUGGAGGAGGGGGGGGGCCAGAACGGUCUGGACUGCUUCCUGAACCCCAAAGUCCCUGCUGUCUCUGUAAUGGACAGACUGACGGAGAUCCACGGCUCGGAGGCUCUCAGCUUCAGCUCCGCCCUCGCCGCUCAGGUGGCGGCACGCUCGCAUUCGCUCAUCAGCAUGGAGGAGCAGACCUUCGGAGAUGAUGAGGAGGAGGAUGAGGAUGAGGGCGACAGACGAACCCCUGAGAAGGACUAAAAUGAAACCCUGCUGCUUUAACCAAGCACUGAGCAGAGACUUACUUAUGUCUGAUUGUCUGGCUGUCUGUUAUCGAUGGGUCUUGUGUUACAUCUUAACUGUUUCUGGUGUGGAGGUAUCUCAAAUUUACGCCACUCUAUCACCCAUCCGUCCAUGUUACUGUACAUUACCCACGAUUCUUACUGCUCUUUUGCUGUUAAAACUCAGGUACCAAAACCACUAAAACAAAACAUGACCUUACAGUGCUAAGGUCCAGAAUGUCUACAGUUUACUUGGCGACAUCCACAUUGUGUAAAUUGUUCACAAUCACUCAGUAGGUGUGGAAACAAAGAUUGUAAGAAGCAAGUGUUUGGCGCCAUACAUGAAAAAAGUGUAAUGCUGUGUUUUCUCUCGAGUCACUGAAAUCAAAUCACUCCGAUCUGAGGUACUGUAAGGAAGUUAUUGGCUGGAGGAGUAGAAGGGCUUGAGAUGCGGUGGGAAUUAUGUGUUCAGACAGAAAGAGAAGAUCAACGUGAUCAGACGCAAAUUCGUCCAUGAGGCACAAAUUGAAGCGGGGACCUGUCUGCAUGAUUUUUACAGCAUGUAAUGUUGAGGUAAACAUUUAAGAUUAUUUUGCGCUGUACAUUUACAGCUAACUUCUGUAGCAUUUCAGUCGGCCAGUGGUGGAAGAAGCAUUCAGAUCCUUUACGUUCAUUAAUCAAAGUACUAAUAACGUGUCAAAAUGUAAAAAGUAUUUGGAAUUCAACAGAACCUAAUUAUUGGCAGCAAAAUGUAGCAAAAGUAUUAAAAGUACUUGUUAUGCAUAAAAGCCCAUUUUAGGGUUAAUGUCACACGUGUGUAGUAAGAGAAGCAUGUGAGCAAAUUAAUUCACUUAAAUUCAACUUAAGUGAACUUCAUGAAUUUCGCCUGAUGUUCAUUUGCACACGUGUGACUGUACCUGCAGAGUGUUUGUAAAAAAAAAUAAUAAUGAUUUUUCAUUAUUUCAGGGGUUCAAAAUAGUGCUUAAGUAUAGUACGUGAGUAAAUGUACUUCCUCCUUUCCACCACUGCUGUUUGUUUUGGGCAAAUAAACGCGAUCAGGUGAUUUGUGUUAAACGACACAAGGCGAAUCUUAGCUUCACUUUCUAUCUGAACACACUUCAAGGAGGUUGAACCCUGCCGACAUAAGUUCUUAUAGGCAGACUGAUUUAAACACAAAGCGUGAGAGGGAGCUCUGCAAGAAGAGGAAGUGAGAUGCUAUUUUUACGACCAUCGCUUUAUUUUUAUCCAUCUCUCUGCUGUCAGACUGGACACGCUGGGGGGGCGACCACACAGUCGCAAUCCUGUUUCGAAUGGCCGAUUUGGAAUACAACGCUAUUAUAUUGAAGAACGAUUGAUAAAGACUGAUUUAGUCACGUUUUUCAGCGUCUGUGUUUACAGGGGCACGCUCAUCAGAAAGAUAAGGAAGACUUAUUUAUGACUCGACACUUUAUAGACUGAAUCAUGUGGCGUGAAUUCAAUGAACUGCUGCUGUGAGAUUUAAAAUCAAAUACCUGUACGGGUAUAGCGAUAAAAAAAGAGGUGGAUUUUCUCUCAUGUGAGGGCAAUCUAUAACUUUAUGUUUCAUAUGAAGUUGCCAUAAGAGUCUGACGGCCCUGAUGUAUGCCCCCCACCCCUUCCUCCACCACCUUCCCAGUCUUUCUUGUCACCAUGUCUGCCUUGUCCUGACCCCUCCUGCACCUCUCUCGCAGUGAGGUCUACCCCUCCUGCAUUUUCCAACGUGAAAUAAAAUGCCAUUCUGGAAGUGUUCGUUGUAUCCUGAAGU